AUGAAAGCAAAUUUAAUAUCUUUCGGCUCAGAUCCACAAGUGAUGGUGUGGAGAAAACUUAAAGAAGAAUUUCAGAAGCAAAACUUAGUACCAAGUGUUAAACACGGAAGAAGGAGGAGUUAUGGAGCUAUAGCACAUUUUCCGGUGUUGCUCACUCUCAUCAUACCUUACGAGCAAAUUGAUGCGGAAUCUGCCCUUGUGGAGAUGUUUGCGCAAAAAGGAGCUUUUAAAUCCAAGUACAUUGUGGCUAUCGGCGCUCUGGCUGGUCUGACAGUUAGCAUGUUCGGAUCUAUGUUUCCCAUGCCCAGAAUAGUUUAUGCUAUGGCAAAAGAUGGCCUCAUAUUUAGAUCAUUGGAUCAAGUGUGGCCUUUUACUGGCACUCCAGCUAAAGCAACCUGCCUUUUGGGUCUUGCGACUGCUUUCGUUUCCCUCAUCAUGAGUCUGGAUGUUCUUGUAGAAAUGAUGUCUAUUGGCACCCUCAUGGCAUAUACCCUCGUGUCCACAUGUGUUCUCCUGCUGAGAUAUCAGCCACCUAGAACCACUCUAGUCCAACUGUUACCGGAGUCCAUCCGUUCCGCAUGUCCAACACCUUCCAAAGAGAAUCCCAGUACUCUCUUCCCCGCCACGACAACUACAACAAUCCACACGAAACGAACCAAUCGCUACGACUCUUCAGACAGUGACGAAAGUCCUAAAGGUGACUUGGAUUUCGGCGAGCAUCAGAGGCCAGAUUUGCUCCGAGACACCGCUCAAAGGGAUGACGAUCUGUUGAUGAAGGGUGCGGACACGAGCUACGGGGCGGUACCACCGCCACAGCCAUCGCAGCCGCCACCACUUGCAGCAGCUUUUACAAUACCUCAUAGGAUUAUGCUCUUCUUAAUGAAAAUACUCCCUUACCACUGGAUUAAUCCUGGCGAAGCUUCGGGAGCAACGGGCAUUUUUGUGAUGAAGAUGGUUGGAGUGCUCUACUUGCUUAUCAUCAUAAUGGAUCUGAUUGUUGUGUGCGCCAUGCCAGCAUUAGAGAAUAGAAGUGGGGCAGCCAUCUUCUUCCUGCUCGUGUUCCUUUUCGGCAUCAUUUUUUGUUUGCUAAUCAUUUCUAGGCAGCCCCAAACAAAAUGCGACUUAAAGUUCAAGGCUCCCUGUGUUCCCUUCAUUCCAGGAAUAGCCAUAACUGUGAAUAUCUACCUUAUUUUCAAGCUGUCCGUUUUAACCCUGAUCCGGUUUCUACUCUGGAUGAGCGUAGGUCUAUUUAUGUACUUCUGGUAUGGAAUUAAAAACAGCAGUUUGGAGUUGCAAACGGAUAUGCCUUUGGAGCUGAAAAUUCCACAGGAAAGAAUGAAUGACCUCUGUCCGCCUGGAAACCAGUACAUGGCAACGGAGGAUACUGGCUUAGUCGACACAUAUGCUCCAACAACAACUAAUGGCUAUGUGGCCCCGCCCGAUCCGCUAGCUGAAGACCCAUGGUCGAAGUAUGAUUAGGGCUUUCAAAAUAUACUGAUAACUAGUACUAAAACCGGAAUGAAAGCUUGUUUUCCGGUUUGGGGUUUGUCUGGAUUUUUUACGGGAAAAAUGAUCAUUGGUUUUGGAAGUAAACAAUCCGGACACGAACCCCAAUGUUGGAAAAUGAAAUACUAGCUUACAUCGACAAGACUGUUAAAAAAAACUCUUCUGGCAUGAUGCCAUUCUACAAUUUGCAAUUAUAUGAUAUGCAAUUAUGAAUAUAUAUCCAUAUACUUAUAUAUUUGUAAUGUAAGUUAAAAGAUGAAAAUUCAGGCCGCGAUGCGCGUUGGAGAUUUCGAAGUAUAUUUCGAUCUACUGUUAUUCUUUUAUAUAUUAUUUUAAUACUACGAUAUUCUUUACAAAAACGAAAGAAUCAAAGCCUUUACAGGAGUAUUUUGCUUUCAGUGCCAAUGUC